AUGUCAAGCUCUACACCUUCUACAAGCGCCUCUACGGCGCCCUCCGCCUCCGCCAGCGCCUCGAACGCUCCCUCCGGCACUCCCGCAUCAUCAAACACCUCUGCGCAUCCCGACACACCGGAGCCUUACUUCGACCGCCAAGCCGGCAAAUGGAUGGUCGAAGACAAGGACGGGAACGAGCUCGAGUGGGACCAGGCGCGCAACGCGUGGGUUCCGGCUAUUACGGACGAGGUGUUGAAGGCUCAGCAGGCUGCUUACUCGGUUGACGGCGUUGACGAGGAGGCACCCGCUGGUCCCGCUGCGAAGGAAGAGAAGAAAGGCAAGAAGCGCAAAGCGGCGGACGAGAACGGCGGCAAGCAGAAGAAACCGCGCGCCAACACCGCCAUCUUCGUCUCGAACCUCCCCCUCUCCACAAAAGUCGACCAACUCGUCUCGACGUUCUCCAAGGCAGGGUUGAUCCUCGAAGAUAUCGAGGGGAAGCCGAAAGUCAAGCUUUACAAGGACGAGAAUGGGCGGUUCAAGGGCGAGGCAUUGGUGGUUUACCUUCAGGAGGCGAGCGUCGAGCUGGCGUGCCGGCUGUUCGACGAGACGGAACUCGUGUUGGGCAGUGGGGACAAGGUGAUAAGCGUGAAGGCGGCGGAGUGGGACAACAGCAAGAAGGAGAAGGCGGACGGAGCGGACAAGGGAGAGGGCUCGUCGAAGGGGAACGGGGCGAAGGGCAAGCCGGAUCAGCUCAAGGCGAGGCAGGGCAGAAAGGCUGCUGCAUUGCGACAGAAACUCGAAGACUGGUCGGACGAAGAAGACCCGAACGCGGCCGCCGCUCGGGCGCGCAAGUAUCGCGGCGUCGUCGUUCUCGAAGGAAUGUUCACCCUGCAAGAGCUCGAGGAUGACCCGACUCUGCUGCUUGACCUCAAGGAGGACGUUCGGGAAGAAUGCGAGACGUUGGGCGAGGUGACGAAUGUCACGCUCUACGACAAGGAGGACAAGGGCGUGAUGACGGUGCGGUUCAAGGAGGAACUGGCUGCUCAAGCCUGUAUCGCGAAAAUGAACGGCCGUUUCUUCGGCGGUCGACAAAUCUCCGCCUUCCCGAUGGACGGCUCGAAGCGGUACAAGAAGAGCGGACAGGAGGUCAGCUUCGAAGGAACGGGACUCGGCGACAAGGAUCACGACAGCGAGGCGGCGAAGAGGGAGGAGGAGCGGCUGGAGAAGUAUGCGGACUGGCUCGAGCGGGGCGGCGAGUGA